AUGAGUGACCGUUCUGCCGCAGAGGCGGCCUCUCAGGCCGGCCAGUAUGGAAACGACAUGUCUGCCCAGGCUAGACGUCGUAUGCAAGUUCCUUCCAUCAUCACCGGUGUAAACGGUAUGGGGGAUAACAAUAUAGCUUCCCCUGGAGGAAUGGAGAUGCAAUUCACGCCUCUUCUGCCAUCCCAGCUUUUGCUUGGAUCCCCUUUCCAAACUGGCACCCCACAAACCGGAUUCGGCCAAUUCCCUGGAGCAUUCAACCAACAGAACCCGGCCGCGGCGCUUUCUCCAACGGCAUACAACUCUGGUGGUAUUGUUUCCCCAACCGCAUUCACUCCUCAGUACGCGACCUUCUUUCCUCAACAAUCCCCAACUGUCGGAUCUCCUCUCCCCGCUGGUAUGGUCUCUGGCACUUCGAGAACUGUAUAUCUAGGAAACAUUCCAGACGAAACUUCUGCUGAAGAAAUUCUCGGACAUGUUCGAUCUGGUCCUAUUGAGUCCGUCAGGCUCUUGCCAGAUAAGAACUGCGCCUUCAUUUCCUUCUUGGAUGGUUCCUCAGCAACCCACUUCCAUUCUGACGCUAUCUUGAAGAAACUUUCGAUUAAGGGUCAGGAUAUCAAAAUUGGCUGGGGAAAGCCAUCUCAGGUGCCAACUUCUGUUGCCCUGGCCGUUCAGCAAUCCGGUGCCUCCAGGAACGUCUACCUGGGCAAUCUCCCAGAAGACAUCGGUGAAGAGGAAUUGAGAACCGAGUUGGGCAAGUUCGGUGCCAUUGACACAGUCAAAUUGGUGAGGGAGAAGAAUAUCGGUUUCGUACAUUUCUUGUCGAUUGGAAAUGCAAUCAAGGCAGUUACCCAACUCCCACAGGAGGCCAAAUGGCAAGCUCCUCGUCGUGUCUACUACGGCAAAGAUAGAUGCGCCUACGUUUCCAAGACCCAGCAGCAGAACGCUGCUCAAUACCUUGGAAUCAACCCAAGUAUGGCCCACGCUCUUAGUGGUCAGGACCGCGAGGUUAUCUCCAACGCCAUUGCCCAGCAGUCUGUCGCCGCCGCCGCUGUAGCUACCUCUGCUGGUGGUUAUAAUAAUCUUGGCAAUCGUACUGUGUACCUUGGCAAUAUUCAUCCGGAAACCACUAUCGAAGAAAUUUGCAACGUUGUUCGAGGCGGUCUUCUUCAUCACAUUCGAUAUAUCGCUGACAAGCACAUCUGCUUCGUUACAUUUAUUGAUCCUACUGCUGCCGCUUCCUUCUACGCCCUUUCCAACUUGCAAGGUCUUAUGAUCCAUAACCGACGCCUCAAGAUUGGCUGGGGAAAGCACUCUGGUGCCCUCCCACCAGCAAUUGCUCUCGCUGUCUCCGGCGGAGCCUCCAGGAACGUCUACAUUGGAAACCUGGACGAAACAUGGACUGAAGAGCGUCUCCGACAAGAUUUCUCCGAGUACGGCGAAAUCGAACUCGUCAACACCCUCCGUGAAAAGUCCUGCGCUUUCGUUAACUUCACCAACAUUGCCAAUGCCAUCAAAGCAAUCGAAGCCAUCCGCGGAAAGGAGGACUACCGUAAAUUCAAGAUCAACUUUGGAAAGGACCGCUGCGGAAACGCUCCUAGGCAGAACGCUCCAAACGUCCAGGUCAAUGGUGCUGAACAGUCCCCAAACGGACUUAACGGACCUCCAUCCCACCAUUCUGGCUCCCCGACCUCCCAACCAGCCCUCUCCCCAUCCCCAAACUCGAUGCAGCAACAAGCCCAGACCAGCUACAUCACCACCAACCCCCUCCAUGCCUAUCUCGCUCAGCAGCAGCAGCAGCAGGAAGCCGCCGCAUAUAAUGCCGCCAUCCAGCAGCUCGCUGCUUACCCACCCGAGAAUGGCGCCGCCAACGGAGUCGCCAAUGGCAACGGCCAGAUUCCCGCCAAUGGCAACAACAACAACCUCGGACUCCCCCGAUCUUCGUCUCAUAACCGUGCCGUUAGUUUGCCAGUAUUGAGCUUGAUGGGCGGGAACUCGAAUGGUAACCAAAACGGACAUUCUUUCGGUAUGUCCAUGGGAGGCAAUGCCUGGCCCGAGAACGAGUAA